UCAUGGAUGUAGCAUUUGACGUAAAAAGCAAUUUGAAAUUACUAACAGCACAAGGUUGAGCAGUAAUUGGUUGAUUUUGAGCAUUUGAGAAUCUAAAAUCAACCACAACCACUUGUGAAUAAAUAAAUUUGACCCUGUUGAGAAUCGUAAUCAGUAUGUUACAAGAACGGAUUGGAUUUUAAGAUUGAUCCUACUAACAACUAUCCUUGUUAUUAGUCAAACCAGCGAGCCAAAUGGGUCCUAAAUUUCAUUAUUAGUCAUAUUUUCAGGAAGUUAUAAACACACAACUAAUGAUGCAUGACAGAAAGAUACAUAUUGUCAAAACCCCAAAAUUUGUUCUACCACAAGGAAGUUUUAGGGAUGGGGAAUUUAUUUCUCCUUGAGUUCAACGUGUCUGAUCGUUUCUACAUGUGCCGUAUCUGCCAAAAUCACGUCGCUCUCUGUCAAGAUUUCAGCCUCAACUACUCGCCUGUGACAGGAGUAACAGGAGGUGUAUUUGAUGAAGUGGUGAAUGUGCAUGUAAACGAAGCAGAGAAGCAACGCCAACUUGGUCCUCACACAGUCGCAGAUGUCUACUGUAACAAAUGCGAUAAUUUACUGGGAUGGAAAUUUAUUGAAGUAUUUGAAGAGGAUCCAGUCGCAAGAAAAGACAUGGUUAUGUUGCAAAUGGGGAAGCUGCAGGAAAGGAAUAGAAAUCAAAUAGAAGCAGCAAUGGAGCCUGGAGCAAAUACAGCAACUGGGAACGUCACAAGUAGAAGAAAUAUAAACCUACCAUAGAAAAAUUCUUGCAAGGAGAUCUCUUGAAGAAAUCAAUUGACUUCUAAAAAUGAAACUCCCAAUGCCCUUUACUUUGUAAAUUUUGUUUUCUGCAUGCUUCUCAUACGCUUUUCACGUUUCUAUGCUAUAUGUAACAUGACACAGUAAAGGCCCCAAAUGAUUGAACAAGAAAAGCGAUUCAUACACUGGUUUAUUUUUUGCUAAAAGGUAUAUAUAUACCGCAUUUUUAUCAGGAUUCACGAUUGUAGCCUCUGAAGUCUGAAUAGGGCUCUAGCACUGUUUAACAUCAGUUCUUGAAUGAAGUUGCAACUCUGAUCCUCUGGAAUGUGAAGUUCACUCAUAUACUCCAUAAUCACAAUUACCCAUUACAGCCUAUCCAACUUGGCUUUAUAUCCUUAUAUCUACCCAGGUUUUUAAAUAUUGAAUCACUAUUGUAUUUCCUUGAACCUGAUGAAGCUCCAAAACUACAAAUAUACCGCUAAGUAAUCAAGGACCAACCUGUCCCAGUCUUUGUUAAAUAGAUUCUUUUUCGGUAACCAAGAAAUCCAUUUGGAAGAUGAAAGUAGUAGAAAUGAGGAUUCUUAGAUGGAUGUGUGGGCAUUACUAGGCGAAGCA